AUGGAGGACGAUCUCGACAUCAAGCGCGAGGACCAGACUACGCGACCUCGGGACGGAGGUUCCGGGAGCGACAAGCCCAGGGUGCACCACGGCGGCAAGAGGCUUCCCGUCGACCCCUUCGCAGAGGUCGACGAUGAGGACGAAGAAGACGAAGACGAUGAUGACGACGAGGACGAUGACGACGAAGAUGACGAAGAUGACGAUGAGGAGGAUGCGCGCGGCAGUCGAAGGCGCGCCAAAAAGCAAAGGCGCAACCGCUUCCUCGAUGUCGAAGCUGAAGUCGACGACGAUGAGGAAGAUCUCGACGAAGAGGAGGAGGAGCUCGCGCGAGAGGAUGGUUUUAUCGAGGAGGAUAUCCCCGACGACACCGAAGACAUUCAAAGACGCGCCGCCGCCGACAACCAGAGGCUCGACCGCUUCCGAAGACAGGAGGAGGACACCAACGCAGAGGCGAUCGCAGAAGAGUUGCGUCAGCGAUACGGCCGCUCCGCUCGCUAUGCUGCCCAGUCAGACUAUGCCGAGGUGCCUCAGCGCCUCCUCAUGCCCUCCGUCGAGGACCCCAGCUUGUGGGGUGUCCCGUGCAAGCCCGGUAGGGAGAGAGACAUUGUCAUGACGCUCGUUCGCAAGGCCAUGGCCGAAAACUUCACAUCCAACCCCAUGCGCAUCAUCUCCGCCUUCUGCCGCGACACCAUCCCAGGCAAGGUCUACAUCGAGGCCCGCAGGGCAGACGACAUCGUCAAGGCCUGCAACGGCCUCGCAGGUGUCUAUGCUCGACAGACCACCUCGCUCCACCUCAUUCCCAUCUCCGAGAUGGCCGACCUGCUCAAGCUUCAAAAGGUGCAGAACGAGAUCCAGGUCGGUGGCUGGGUGCGCAUCAAGCGCGGCAAGUACGCCGGAGACCUGGCACAGGUGCUCGACGUCUCCGAGAACGGCGAGGAAGUCGGACUCAAGAUGAUCCCGCGAAUCGACCUCAGCCCCAAGGACAGCGGCAUCUACACCGACAGCCUCGGUCGCAAGCGCAAGAAGGGCCCCGGCGCCUCCGCUGCCACUGUUGCCUUCCGACCGCCGCAGCGCUUCUUCAACCCCGAAGAGGUGCAAAAGGCAUACCCCAAGGACACGCCCACCAAGCGUGGCACCGUCUGGGUCUUCCAGAACGACAGCUACCGCGAUGGCUACCUCGAGAAGGACGUCAGAGUCACCGGCAUCAUCACCGAGAACGUCAACCCGACCCUCGACGAGAUCACCAAGUUCGCCGGCGAAAGCUCAGCCGAGGACGGCAUGUCCAAGCUCGGCGCCGUCGAUCUCAGUCUGAUCGCCGACGCGAGCAAGAAGGCGACCGAGGCGCUCCUGCAGCCCAAGGACCAGGUCGAGAUCUUCGAGGGUGAGCAGGCCGGUAUGUACGGUACAGUCAAGGCGAUCAACAACGAGGUCAUCACGAUCCAGCUCGAGCACGAGGACUUGAUGGACCAGAUUGUCGAGGUGCCCGCUCGCAGUGUCCGCAAGCGCUUCAAGCCCGGUGACCACAUCAAGGUCAUGUCCGGCAAGCAUGCCGACGAGACCGGUCUCGUGGUAAAGGUGGAGGACAACGUGACGACGUUCCUGUCGGAUCUGUCGAUGCAGGAGGUCUCGGUGUUCAGCAAGGACAUUCGCCAGGCCGCCGAGGUGGGCUCCGGUGUCAACGUGAUCAGCGGCUACGAGCUGCACAACCUCGUCCAGCUCGAUGCGCAGACGGUUGGUAUCAUCUUCAACAUCGAGCGCGAGAGCUUCAAGGUGCUCGACCAGACCGGCCAGGUGGUCAUCGUCAAGCCGCACCAGAUCAGCAGCAAGAAGGACACCAGCCGAGCCUUUGCGCUCGAUCACGACGGAAACGAGAUUCGGGCCGGCGACAUGGUGAAGGAGGUUUCGGGACCCUUCUCGCGCCUGCGCAACGGUCAGGUGCUGCACAUCUACCAGUCCAUGAUCGUCUUCCUGCACAACCGCGAGUACACGGAGAAUGGCGGCGUGUUCAUCGCACGCGCACGCACGCUGGAGCCGUUGGCGCCCAAGAGUGUUUCGACCAAGGCCAAGAAGGAGGGUGACGACCUGUCGAGGAUGAACCCGGCACUGUCCAACCUCGGUGGUGGAGCCAACGACGUGCGCGUCGAGGGUGUGAGGCGAUUUGGUGGGCGCGACAUGCACAAGGGCAAGAACGUGGCGAUCAUCAAGGGCCCCUACAAGACCUACCGCGGACGCAUCACCGAGACGACGGGCAACAUGGCGCGCAUCGAGCUCACGUCGGUCUCGAAGCCCAUCACGGUCCGACUCGACUGGCUCGUAGAGAAGGAUCCCAUCACGGGUGCAAGCAGCAAGCUGACAGGCGGUGGCGGUGGCUCGCAAGGAGCCAGCCGCGGCGGCUACGGCGGGUACAGUGGAGGCAGUUCGGGCAUGGGUAGCAUGUCGAGCAACCCGUACUCGUCGAGCUCGGGCUCAAUGGGUGCACCGGCUGGUGGGGCUGGCUACAACCCGUACAGCGCGCCGCCUCCCGUGUCGGCCGGUGGCGGCUACGGAGGGUCGUCGAGCGGCGCGGGUGGUUGGGACAGCGGCUACUCGCAGCCGGCUGCUGCGACUGCCUCUGGUGGAUAUGGUGGCGCUGCUUCAGCCAAGACGCCGGCAUACAACCCCUACGCGGCUGAUGGUGGCAAGACGCCUGCCUACAACCCGUACGCUGCGGAUGGCGGCAAGACGCCCGCGUAUAACCCGAUGGGCGACGGCGGCAAGACACCAGCGUACAAUCCUCUGGGUGACGGUGGCCGUACGCCCGCUUACAACCCGUAUGCCGACGGCGGCCGCACGCCUGCCUACUAUCCGUGA